UUUUAAGUUGAUUAUAAAUAAAGUAAUUUAUAAAGGUUGAGUGAUUCUCUGAGAUUUGGGAAGAACUUACGAUUCUAAACUAUGCAUGAAUAUCAAAAUCCUCCUUCAAAACUUCCAUCUUCCCUUCCCCCCCUUCCUCUCCCAAGCACACUAACCCCUCUAGAUCUACCCAACAUCCCACAUGAACAGACAGCCCAGACCCAAAAAUGGUCGCAAAAGGAUCACCAAAAAGACCAAUCCAAACACUCAGCCCCAGAACAGCCCAAACCCUUCAGGUGGAGAGAGAAGAGAUAGGACAAAUCAAGAUGAGAGAAGGGGAAAUUUAGAUGAAAUGGAAGAAGAGAUGAUCAGAGGAAGGAGAGAUGGCUCAGAGAAUAAUGGUGUAAAUGAAGAUUCUUCUGUAGAAGCGCCUGUUUCACCUAAGAAAGAAACAAUUAUGAAUAAUUUUGUCCGAGACUCACCUAAAAUGACAAAUAAUGAGAAUGCGCCAAAUGUAACCCCUAUUGAGCGAUUUUCUGAUAAUCAAAGAAACGACAGGGAUGAAGUAACUAAUGAAGGCCAAGAGAUCAAUAGAGGAGAAGAUUCAAAUUUUGCAGAACAAAAUGAUCUUGGGGCCGAUGAAGAAGAGAAAGAAGAGAGGAAAGAUAAUGAAGUAACCAGACUCCCUGUUAUCGUCCUAAAUCAUUCCUUUUUCAUUAGAUUUUAUAAAGUUGUCUUAGCAUUUGAUAAGCUGUACCAACAAAUUUCUGAAGAAACUCAGAAUCAAGGACCUAGCGAUCUCCAAGAACCUUUAGAUGCAAUUGGUUUACAAUUAUAUCUGGAUAAAGCAAGGCAGCUAUCUCAUGAUCCUCAAUUUUGGGCAGAUUAUCUAAAGAACCAAAGCGAUUCCCAGAAAGCUAAGAUACUUUUAGACAUUAUGGCAGGAAUGCUCAAAGCUGGUGUCAUCUUGCUCGGUAUUAAGUGCAUGAUUGAUGUUUUAACUGAUUUAUUUGACUUAUUGCUCGAGGUGAUGUAUAAAGACCAGAGUGGUCAAUCUAUUAGAGAUAUUCAUAUCUCUGUGUAUGAUGAUUGCUUUACAAUUUUAAGGAGCGGGUUUUCAAAAGAAGACCAAGCGUUUUUAAUAAAAGGAGACCUCUCUUCAGCUUAUUUUCUGCUACCAUUUACAAAUGAAGCUGAUCUCAGAGAGUCUGAGGCUAAAUUACUUAAAAGAUUAAACUUUUUGAAGGAAAAAGUGCUGAUUAUGAUAAACUAUCUCGUCUCUGCAGGAAGAAGCAAUAAAGAGAAAGUCAUGAAUAAGGGUGCUUUCAGACAAACCAUAAUCAGCUUGAUGACAUUGAAUUAUGUGCAGUUCAGAAUUCUUAGAUAUGAUCAUUUCGUCCCUGAAGUUCUGGAUAGGAAUUCUACGAUCUCUGAAAUUUACAACAUCAACAUUGGGUUUCAAUGCUAUUAUUUAGUAUGUAAGCUCUGGGAAAACAAUGGUGAAGAGAAUUCAAACAUAGUACAAGAGCGUGAUAACGAAGCCUGGUUGAAAACAUACUUGAGAUUAUUAUUGGGAUUAAAGUUCAAAUGGUCCCAUUGCAAACGUAAAUCUAAAUGUAGCUUGAAAUGUCGCUAUAGAUAUGACAUUAUUACUGAGAAGAAAUAUAAGUCCUUUGAGAAUAAUGAAAGUCUUCAAAGCUGAGCCACUAAGUUCUUCGAUAGCCAUAGUUCUAAGAUUCAAGUGCUCAUGCCUCGUGAUAAGCUAGUGACUAAGUAUUUUAUCAUAACUCCUCCAUUCUUAGUAUUGAUGCAAAGUGAGAAAAAUCGUUUAUGGGAUCACGCAAAUUUGGAAAUCUUUGAAACGUUCAUUCCUUCUUUUAUGAAAUUUGCGAAUAGCAAGAUUCAUGAGCUUUUCGCUCAACAAACAGUUCAGUCUGCUCUUCUCUGCCCAAGAGAUGUGGCUAAGAAGUACAACUGGCUUACUGGAUUGACGAAGUUUACCAUCGUUCUUGCAAACAUUUCAUUACUAUUCACUCUUGAGGUGAAAGAUGGAGAAAUUAACAGAGAUCCAGAGCUUUUUGGAAUGCACCAAAAGUUGACAAAAGCUAUACACAUUUUAUUUAGUAUAUGGUUUACAGUGCUAUUUCUUUACUUUCUGAGCAUCCAGAGUUUUAUCACUUCAUUAAAGCCUGACCUUACUAGACAACAAAGAGAUGCUAUUGAGGCAAGAGAUGUUGAUGCUCUUGUAGAUCUUGGAGUGGCUAAGCUUUGAAAAAUGCUAGGUUCGAUGCUAAAGAGUUUUGGUCAAAUAUUUUACAGAGAAUCUCUCUAUCAAACUAAUAGAAAUUUUUGGUGUAUCCUUAUAUGUCUGGUCAUUUCAAUCUGGAGCUUCGCUAAUUUCGAAAUUAUCUGACUUCUGUUGCUGUAUCCUCUGAUAUUCACGCCCUGGAUUCUACAAGUUAUUAGUGACAUCAGAAUCUCUUGGUAUAAGAUAUUCGCAAUCUUCACUUAUUGUAUGACCAUUCUCUUCUGGUUUUCAGUAUUCGGGUAUAUUUUCUAUAACGAAGACUUUAAUGAGCUGACCACUGACACAAAUAUACCGUUCAUGACAUCUUUAGCUGUUGUCUUCGACUCUUGGUACAAGGACGGAGUGGGAGCCUUUCUUUCCGAUAAUGAUAGAUCCCCAGUCUUUAUGGAGAUUGAUGAUGAUACAAAGAAAUUUAACAUAAGAAUUGGCAGAUUGAUAUAUGAUUUCAUCUUCCACAUAAUCUUUCUUGUUGUGCUCAUUAGUAUUUUCGGAGCUAUUAUUAUUGACAAAUUUUCAGAAGGCAGAGCAAAGAGAGAUGCAAUUGAGUUAGCAAAGAAGUCUAGAUGCUUUAUUUGUGAUAAGCCAUCUCACCAAAUCCUAAAUUUCGAGGCUCACUGCAAGUUCACCCACAACGUUUGGGACUACAUGUAUUAUAUGGGGUAUAUUAAACUAUUGGAUAAAAAUGAAAUCAAAGACCCAGUUGAUAUUUAUGUCAAUAACUGCUUAGCCAGAAAAGAUAAUAAGUGGCUCCCAGCUUUUGACAAAACUGUUAGGCCUGGAAAUAAUGAAGAACUCAUUCCUAUAAUAAAUAGAAUAAACGAUCUUGAAAGGACAAUGUGCGUUAGAACAUUAGAAAUAUCAAAAAAAUUAGAACCAAUAAUUUCUGCAAAGGAAGAAGAUGAAGAAUCAAAAGCUAGGAUGAAUUCUAAGAUUGAUAAUAUGGAAAACUCAAUCAAAUCUAUUGAAUCAAAAUUAGACAAGAUUUUAAAGAAGAUGGAAUAA